AUGGUUGGGUCAUCUGCCACGUUACCAUGCCAAGCUAGCGGUCGAACACCACCUAGAAUAUCGUGGCUUUUGGACGGAAACACCGUAGAUACCACAAAAGACAAUCGUUACAGCCAACACUCGAGUGGAAGUUUGCAUAUUGCGGAUCUCAAGAAAUCUGAUACUGGUGUUUACACAUGUCGUGCGAAAAAUGACGAUGGAGAGUCCACGUGGACGGCAUCUCUGAUAGUAGAGGACCAUAACACCAAGUCGGUAUUCUCUCGGAUGCCAGACCGAUCCAACUUUCCUUCUGCUCCUUCACAACCGAUUGCAAGCAAUGUGUCGGACACAGAGGUUGAUCUGGAAUGGCGAGCUCCAGAAAGGAAUGGAGGUAGCCCUGUUACCGGUUACAUCAUCCAGUUUUUCAGUCCUGAAGUAGGAGAGACGUGGUUGAAUGUACCGGACUACAUAUCGGGACCAAGAUAUCGUGUGAAGAACUUAAGACCAUCACAAACUUAUGUGUUUAUUGUCCGAGCUGAGAAUGACAAGGGAAUAGGACCACCUAGUCCAAUCUCUCCCGUCGUGACCACCAUGGCGAGAAAUGCACAUUUAUCUGCCGACGAUCUAGAGAAUCUCGAUCUCGAACAAGCAACUAGGCGAAUAACAUCUGAACAAUUAAUCAAGCUCGAGGAGGUGAAAACCAUUAACUCGACUGCUGUUCGGCUUUUCUGGAAGAGGAAAAAGGUUGAAGACAUGGUAGAAGGAUACUAUAUCAAAUGGCGCGGUCCGCCAAGAAGCAAUAUCAAUCAGUACGUCUGCAGUCAUUUUCUAUCCUACUUCAGUACCAGUAUUUGA